GUGCAUUGUGUGUUAAGUUCUAAAGCGGAACAUGAGGAUGAGGAGAAGCUCCAAUGCAAGAAUUUGUUCCACAUGUUUCUCAUUGUUAAGGAUUGUCGUGUUCUCACCAUAACUGAUAGCGGGAGUUGCAGCAACUUGGAAUAGCCUUCUCGGCGAGGUCAAUCAAGGUGUGCUUGGUUGAUAACCAACGGAGUAGUGGUGUAGUGGUUGCAGGGUUCGAAUCGUGCUGAUUUGAAGCCGGAUCAUCAACGUCGAGUCCUCCACCAAUCAAAGUUACCCCUACCUCUCAGAAGAUCGGGCCUAGACCUCAUCAAAGAUUAUCAAAGAAUUCAUAUGAUCAGUACAGCAUCAGGCUAUUUGGUGAUGUGGACGCACAUGGUGACAUCUACAGUUUUCUGGUUGCAUCAAAGGUUGUAGGCCUAGUAGUUGGGGAUAUUGGCCACACUGAUGUUGGAAGGGAUCUUAUCAUAGAGGAUCGUUCUUCAAGCUUACAACAGAUUGAUGAAAGACACCGCAAGUUCAUGGCCAUGCAAUAUCCUAUCUUAUUUCCAUAUGGAUAAGAUGGCUUCCAUGAUGCACUCUUCUAUAAUCAGACCUCAACUUCUGCAUCUAUGCGCCGUCAGAAAGCAACUAUGGCAGAACACUUUGGAUAUAGAUUGCAUAAUAGACCAAAUGAUUUUAACACUCCAUUGUGUUGUGGAAGAGAAACACAAGCUUAUGAGGUCGAUGGUUAUUGCUGUGUUGAAAGAGAACGAAUAGACCACUAUCGAACACCAAGUUUCCAACGAAAAUAUAGGUCAGCAACAUAUCAUUCUUUAGCCAGCAAUGUUUCAAGUGGAAUUAGGUCUGGAUCUUCAGCUAGCCAAAGAAUUAUUCUGCCAGCUUCAUUUACUGGAAGCCCUCGCUAUUUGUAUCAAAAGUACCACGACUGCAUAGGCAUUUGCAGAAAAUAUGGUUGCCCAGAUUUAUUUGUCACAUUUACGUCUAAUGCUGCUUGGCCUGAAAUUGUGGAGGCUCUACCUCCAGGGCUGCAUCCUUCUGACCGACUAGAAAUCGUUGAUUGGGUCUUCAAAAUGAAACUGAAUAUUUUAAUGGAUGAUAUAAAGAAAAAGAAGUUUUUUGGCCCUAUAAAUGCAGUUGUUUACAUAAUAGAAUUUAAAAAACAUGGCCUACCACAUGCUCAUAUUAUUAUAUGGUUAGCAAAAGAAGGACCCUGGGAUGCUGCAAUGAUGUAUACAUUCAUCUCUGCUCAACUGCCAGAUCCUACAAUUGAACCAAUUGGAUAUGAUGGUGUUUCAGCAUUCAUGGUCCAUGGACCUUGCGGGCUCUCAGCACAUAUACACCAUGUAUGUCUAAAGGAAAAUGCUCAAAAUUUCACCCUAAGAAAUUUUGUGAGCAGACCUCAAAAUGGAGUUGAUAUUGACAACAGAUUUAUUGUUCCUCACAAUGUAGAUUUGUUAGUCAAGUAUCAAGCUCAUGUAAAUGUGAGCGAGUUAACCAUGAUGGUAUGCACAAAUAUCUUUUCAAGUAUGUCACAAAAGGGUUCGAUUGUGCUCGAAUUGGAUUCCAAAUUAAUCCUUCUGCUCCAGGCUCAUCAAGUAACACAAUCAAUGAGAUAAAUAAUUAUCUGGAUUGUCGCUAUGUAACACCAAAUGAUGCAGCUUGGAGAUUGCCUCAGUAUGACAUUCACUAUACAGACUCAUCCGUAGAGCAUCUACCUGUCCAUCUACCUCUUGAAAAUAAUGUUGUCUUUACAGAAGAAGAUGAUCUAGAAGAAGUCAUUUAAAACCCAAGCAAUUUAAGGACUAAACUGACUAGCUAGCUGGAGGCCAACAACAAUUUUCCUACAGCACGAGAGUAUACUUAUAUUGAAUUUCCUGAGCACUUUACGUGGCAUUCAAAUGGAAAAUAUUGGGAUAUACGUCGUGGGUCUCACAAUAAGAUUAGCCGUAUAUCUCAUGUUAACCCUGCAUAGGGAGACACUUAUUAUUUGCGCAUGCUGCUCCACAUUGUCAAAGGUGCAACAUCUUUCUCUGAAAUUCGAACUAUCGCAGGACAUGAGUAUCCUACCUUUCGUUCUUCAUGUGAAUCUUUAAGUCUUCUUGGUGAUGAUCAAGAGUGGUCCCUUGCUCUCAAUGAUGCUGCACAAUGGGCCUCCCCUUACCAGUUACGACUACUUUUUAUCACAUUAUUGUUAUUUUGUGAAGUAGCAAAUCCUAGAAACCUUUUUCAUGACCAUGCAGCAAAGAUGAGUGAGGAUAUUAGAUACUGCAUGAAUAGAAACUCUUCCAUUCCAAACAGCUCAGCUGCAGACCUCUUUGUGAAUUCUUCCCUCCUUUUUGAGUUGGACAAAUUGCAAAGAGAUGCUGGAUAUUGUCUAUCUCAUUUCAAUUUACCAAUCCCAGAUAAUAUUGGUAGUGCUUCCACACACAAUAGACUUUUGUUAGAUGAGCUUACAUAUGAUGUUACUACCUUAGCAGCAUCUGUAGCUAAUGAUAUUCCUAAGCUAAAUAACAGCUAGAAGAAUGUUUUUGAUUCCAUUAGCAAUUCUGUCAUCAGUAAAGCAGGCCGUACAUUUUUUGUGUACGGGUACAGAGGAACUGGUAAGACAUUCUUAUGGACAACUUUGCUGAACUUUAUAAGAAGCAAAGGAAAGAUUGCGCUAGCCGUUGCAUCAUCAGGGAUUGCAGCACUCUUACUUCCAGGUGGCCGAACGCCACACUCCCAUUUCAAGAUCCCUCCGGACAUACGGGAGAAUUCUAUGUGCAGCAUAAAAAAAACACACCCUUAGAGAUAUACUUUCAGAUAUCAAUCCUACUGCUCAGGAUACAAAAUUUGGUGGUAUAACUGUUGUUCUUGGUGGAGAUUUUCGCCAAACUCUUCCAGUAAUCCAAAAUUCAACAAAGUAGCAGAUAUUAAAAGCCUGCAUUGUCAAUUCUUAUUUAUGGCGGAAGUGUAAUGUCCUGCAGUUAACUGAAAAUAUGAGACUAGAUUCAAGAAACAUUUCACCUUCAGAGAGAGAGAGGAACUAUGCAUGUUUGCAGAGUGGUUACUUAGAGUUGGUAGUGGUACAGAACCCUACAUUCAGAUCCAAAAUGAGCCUUAUUAUAUAAAGAUUCCUCAGUCUUUACUUCUACCACAAGAGUGCAGAGAUCUUGAUGGUUUGAUUUCUUUUGUGUACCCAUCUGGGUGUGAUCCAACUAAUAAUAAUUCAUCCUAUUUUUGUGAUUUGCAAUUCUAGCUC